AUGGCGACCAGCACUCGCCCGAGCCGCAGGGCUGCGCACACGGUCAGCUACGCCGACGCCGACCCCGACUCGAGCGAGGACGACGAGGCCAUGGCCGCCGCGAGCGAUGAGGACGACUACGGCCGCAAGGGCAAACGGUCGGCCUCGAAGGCGCGCAAGAAGCAGAAGCUCGCCUCGGCCAACGACCUGAGCGACUCGUCCGACAGCGACCACGACUCGAGCGACUCGGGCGCCCUCAGCCCGCAACAGUUUGCCUACGACCGCUCGCGCAAGAAGGACGUCGCCACCGCCGACGACAAGGUCAAGUACGCCGUGCCGCGUGUCAACCCGGUCAACCGCCUCCCCGUCGAGCUCCUGCUCAAGAUCUUCUCGUACCUCCACGCGGCGACGCUGUGCAGCCUGUCCAAGACGAGUCGCUCGCUGCGCCACCUCCUCACGUCCAAGACGUUCACCUCGCUCUGGCGUCACGCCAUGCGCCCGCACAUCUUCCCCCUGCGCAACCCGCACUCGUCCGUCACGCACCUGAGCACGCCGCCUCGCCCCGCCCCCAAGGUCGCCGGCGAGGACGUCGACCUGCGCCUGCUCGCGUCCGUCAUGUUCGACACCGAGUGCGCGUACUGCGGCAAGGACGUCGAGCGCAGCGACCGGUACCUGCUGCGCACCCUGUGCGCCGAGUGCCGCACCGCCAACCUCGUCGUCUCGACUGAGAUCGCCAAGGGCAAGGACAAGAAGCUCCAGGACCUGCACCCGGCCACGAUCCAGUGUGUGAUCCCGACCCUGCUCGCUCCGUACGACGUCAAGUGGCCGCGUUCGCGCCAGUGGAUCCUCACGGCCGACCUGUGGGCCCAGUCCGAGGUCCUCGAGGAGCUCCAGAUGGAGGACGACGGCGACGUCGAGGGCCUCGUCAAGGAGGGCGUCAACGUCAAGGACGUGCACAAGACGCUCGGCCGCGUCAAGCGCCUCAAGCGCCGCACGUGGUACCGCAAACCGCAGCAGAAGGGCGCCCAGGAGCUCGAGGACGAGCUCGUCAAGAUGUACACGCCGCGCGUGCAGGAGUACGUCCUCGAGAGGAAGGCCCUCCUCAAGGACCGCAACGCUCUCGCCCAGUGGAUCAUGAGUACCGCCGACGCCCUGUACGACGAGCGCGACCUCGAGCGCGGCGAGAGCGCCACGUUCAAGGCGCAGGUGGGCCUGUUCCGCCGCGAGGCCAUCCUCGAGCGCAUCGGCAAGGAGCGCGUCUUCGACCUCGGCACGACACAGCGCAACAAGCUCGCGACGUUCGCCCUCGCUGUCAAGCCCGAGCCGCUCACCGACGACAUCUGGCUCGCCAUCAAGGGCGUCAUCUACGGCUUCAUCGCGCGCGACGUCGCGCAGAACAUCUUCACGCGCGUCGGCAAGAAGCUCAAGGACGACUGGGACGAGGACGACGAGGACGAGGGCCUGUUCAAGAAGCCCAAGUCGGUCACCAAGGCCGGGUGGGCCUACGUCCGCCCCGAGCUCGUCAAGGUCGCCAAGGAGUACGAGGUCAAGAAGGAGGAGCACGCCGCCGAGCAGCUCAAGCUCCAGGCGCUCGCGCCAAGGGAGCCGUUCUUCGUCGAGCGCUUCACCAAGUGCUUCGCCAUGACGUCGAGCAAGCAGGCCGGCUGGACGAUGCCUCGCUACGCCGAGUGGCGCCUCCUCCCGACCGUCGUCGACCUGUGGAACGACCCCGACUUUGCCGUCGACACGUCCGAGGCCGGCCGCGCCGACGACCUCGAGGCGUUCGGCCGGGACCACCUCGAGACGGUCCUCGACGAGAUGGCCGACUUUGCGCUCGAGACGCGCGCCGAGGCCUUGCGGUCGAUCCUCGCAGCGACGACCGACCUCGGCGAGGACGACGACGCCGUCGCCGCGUUCGACGCCGUCGCGGCGCUGCACUUCGACGGCGAGUACGGCGACCCCUUUUUCCUCCGGGCGAGCUCGUACGUGUCGUGCGCCCAGUGCGCGACCUUUUUCGGCCCGCUCAACGACGUCCUCAAGCACGUGCACCAGGCGCACCCGCUCUCGUCGCUAUACGUCCCGGCGCUCCGGCGCGACGCCCGCACGGUCGCCGAGCUCGGCCCGAGGGUCGACCUGUCGCUCGAGGUGGCGUGCGCGUGGUCGGCCAUCCUCGAGCUCGCCCAGCUCGACGACACGGACGACGGCCUCGUCUCGGACGCCCAGCUCGACGCCGCGUUCAAGGGCAAGAUGCUCCUGUGGGAGAACGGGCCUCGCCGCACGAAGAAGCGUGGACGGUGGGCGGACCUUCUCUGGCGCGUCACGCAGGCGGCGCGCAACGCGCACGAGGACGGCGACGUGCUCGACGUGCCCGUCAUCGCGCUCAAGAACCUGACGAGGCGCGAGCGCCUCUACCAGAGCUGGGGCCGCGGCUGGUGA